AUGGAGGACAAAAUUAAUUCAACACUAGAGAUCCACCGGGUGGCUUUUUUUGGGGGCCAAGGUAGCCGCGCUGUGUUCUCGCAGGAGGCCUCCACCACAGCUAUCCGACAUGUCAGGAGGUCUCGCACCGCGGGCAAACUUUUAGCGUCAUGCUACAAUGCAUUUCUACAGGAGCUGUCCAACGUGCGAGAGCAAGAACACGGGCAAUCUGUUCUUCCUGAGCUAGCGGAGCUUACAUCCUCAGAGUUGCUUCUAUCUCCUCCCACAACACAGCAAAGCAACCCCAUAAUCCAGGGGGUAUCGCUCCUAGUCCACCAAUUGCUCAGUUACCUCAACCAUGUUGAGACAUGUGCAGCCUCCCCGGAGCCCCGCCUAUCUUUGCAGGAAAUUACGAGCAACUAUGAUGAGGUGGUGGGUUUCUGCUCUGGGGUUAUACCAGCUCUGGUUGUUGCCACGUCCACCUCGAUUGAGGACUUCAUACAAGGCAGUGAUAAUGCAGUUCGACUGGCAUUCUGGAUAGGUUAUCGUGUGGCCUCUUUUUGUGAAGACCGCGCAGGACCGCAAUGGCGUGCCCGCCCCUGGUCAAUUGCCCUGAGUGGACUCAAGGAAGAGGAUGUGGAUCGGUUUAACUCUAAGGCCGGAAACGAGGCUGUCUGUUUCUCCGCCCGAAUAAACCCCGACAUCAUCACCGUGACUGGAACGCCUUCAGCCCUAGAGCAGUUCAAAAUCUUCUCACAAGACAAUGGGAAGCCUAUCCCCGUACACGGCUGGUACCAUGGAGGCGACACGACGAAAUCAGUCGUUCAGAUGGUUUUACAAGAUAUCAAGCGACGCUCAAUCUCUUUUCCAGCACAACAGUCCGUAUACAUACCCCUCCGAUCAACGGUUGAUGGAAGCCUUAUGACCCUACCUGGGGAGGUGACGCUCACAGAAACAGCCGUCCAGAUCAUCCUCACUCACAGAUUGAAUUGGCCGCUAACUUGGGAGAGCCUAUCCCAAGGUCCACUGAAGACGGAGGUUCAUGCAUUUGGGCCACAUUCACGCUCAUUUUUUGGCACUCAGUGGAAUAAUACACGAGUGGUUGAUCAUUCAUUACCAGAGAUGCCAAAGACUCCACACGCAGAUAUUGCGAUCGUGGGUAUGUCUGUGAAUUUCCCGUCUGCGGACAAUAAAGAGGCACUCUGGAACAACUUGGUGAAGGGAAUCAAUACUGUUCAAACGAUACCGGGAACGAGAUUCAAGGUCUCCGAAUUUAUAUCGGAUGACACAGAGGGAACGCCCGGCCUACGGUCAAUCUACGGUAAUUUUGUGGAGAAGCCUUGGGCAUUUGAUCAUGCCUUCUUUGAUACCUCUCCUCGUGAAGCUCGAUCAAUGGACCCACAGCAAAAACUAUUACUCCAAGCUACCCUUCACGCGUUGGACGAUGCAGGAUAUGUCCCCGACUCCACCCCAUCUUUCCAGAAGGACUCCUUUGGUUGCUACGUUGGAAUCGCCACCGGGGAUUAUGUGGACAACUUGCGAGAUGACAUCGAUGUGUACUACAGCACAGGAACACUUCGAGCCUUUCUCAGCGGUCGUAUCUCCUAUAACUUCAAGUUCAGUGGUCCCUCCAUGGUGGUCGACACUGCGUGCUCUGCAUCCUCCAUCGCCAUCUACCAGGCUUGUCAGGCUUUGAUAAACGGUGAUUGUACCGCUGCUAUCGCUGGAGGUGCAAACGCCAUGGUCAGUCCGGACAUGUAUAUGGGCCUAGGUCGAGCACACUUUUUGAGUCCUACUGGGCAAUGUAAGGCCUUUGAUGCGGGUGCAGACGGGUAUUGCCGCUCCGAAGGGUGUGGUGUGUUUGUUCUCAAGAGACUGUCGGAUGCUUUACAGGAGAACGAUCGUAUAUACGGCGUUAUUCGUGGUAUUGCAGUCAGCCAGAGUGCAAACGCCAGCUCCAUUACUCGCCCUCAUUCAGAAACGCAAGGGAAGCUUUUCCGAACGGUUCUCUCCAGAGCCGGUGUGGAUGCUUCAUCCGUGGAUGUUGUCGAGGCUCAUGGGACCGGAACCCAGGCCGGAGAUGCGGUCGAAAUAUCCAGCAUUCAGUCAGUCUUCGGGAAAGUCUCUCGCCAUCGUCAGAAUCGCGUGUUUGUCACCUCAAUCAAGGGCAACAUUGGCCACGCAGAAGCAGCAUCAGGAGCAGCCAGCCUCGCCAAGGUGCUGCUCAUGCUCAAGAACCACCGAAUCCCACCUCAGGUCGGAUUAAAGAACAUUAAUCCUAGGCUUGCGGAUGCUCUAGCCACGGAUAUGCAGAUCACCACAGAGGGCGCAAACUGGAUAGCACCUGCAGGCAAUCUGCCACGCAGGGCAAUGGUCAAUAACUUUGGUGCGGCGGGUUCCAACGCUGCGAUGAUCGUUGAGGAGGCUCCUUCGAGGCAUUCCCAGGUGACUGAACGCAGUGCUUACCCUUUCUUGAUUUCGGCUCGAACUAUCAAAGCUCUUAAAACGCGAGUGCAAGCAUACAGGUGUUCAAUCGAGGCAUCGAGAUCGAGCCUGAAACUACCCGACAUUUGCUACACAGCCACCGCUCGACGACAACGGUACGAACACAUUGUGUCUAUAGCCUGUGGCAAUGUGGAUGAUUUGCUGGCAAAGCUGAGGGAUCCUCUUAUCACUCGGACGCCGUCAAAAAGCAGGCCCAUUAUUAUGGUGUUCUCUGGCCAGGGAGGGGCAUAUAGUGGCAUGGGACGUGAGCUGCUGUCAACUUCCCCCGUAUAUCGAGCAUGUGUCGAUCGGUGCGAAAUCAUACUAGAGCAAAUGAGGCUUCCGAGCAUUCGUGGCAUGCUGGUGGGUGAUGUGAACAUAGAAGACAGCGACAACACCUACCUAUCGCAAACAGGCACUUUCGUCCUUGAGUAUGCUUUGGCCAGCGUCUGGAGGGAAUGGGGCAUUGAGCCUCAGGCGGUGAUUGGACACAGUCUGGGAGAGUAUGCGGCUAUGGUGAUUGCCGGCGUUAUGUCACUGGCAGACGGUCUACGCCUUGUCGCAACGAGAGCCACCCUCAUUGCAGAUCUUUGUGCAGUGAACGAGUCUGGGAUGAUGGCGUGCAAUCAGAGUGACCAGGAGUUGCUUCGGUUAAUCUCCCACCAUGGGAGUCUCUCGCACCUGCAGGUGGCCUGUCAGAAUACCCCUCAUGAUUCUGUAAUUGCAGGUCCUAUUAUCGAGCUGCAGCUUCUCGCUGAACUGUGUAAACAGUCUGGGUAUAAAUGCAAGAUCCUCACUGUCCCGUACGGAUUCCACUCGGCUGCUAUGGAUCCUAUUCUGGAGGAGCUGCGCAAGAUCACGUCGUCGGUUACGUACUAUCCUGCCAAAAUUCUCGUCGGCUCUACGGUGUACGGUGACUUCCUGAGCUCUGUGGUGGACUCGGAUUACUUCGUUCGCCAAACCAGGGAGAUUGUUAGAUUUGCUCAACUACUGCAAGCAAUCACUGCGGAUCAGGAUCUCUCCUCGACGGUGUUCCUGGAAAUUGGACCCUCCCCUCUUACUCUGCCAAUGGUUCGCAACGGGGUGUCAGAACAUGGAGAGUACGGGUUUCUCAGCUCGUUGAAUAGCAAGCUCAGUGCCUGGGAAUCGCUUUCGAACGCAGCUGUCAGCCUGUCUUCCUUCUGUCCUGAUAUUAACUGGCGCGCUGUUUUUGAUGGGAGCGGUGCCUCUCUCGUUGAUGCUCCUGCAUACCCUCUUGAACAGUUCGAGAACUUUCUCCCAUAUCGUGUGACUCGACUCGAUACGCCCAAAGAAGAAACAACCAGGGCACGAGACGCGCUCCUAGGCACCGGCCUCCUCACUACAAGACUUCGGGGACCGGAUACAUUGUUUGAAACCCCAGUCGAGUAUCUGGCCCCUUACAUCGAUGGACAUGUGGUGGGAGAAGUUGCUCUCUGCCCCGCCUCUAUCUACCAUGAGAUGGUUGUUGAAGCGGCGUCACUAAACGGGGUUAGACCAGAUCAGGCUAUCGUAAUUACUGAUCUUACAUUUGACAACCCACUCAUGUACGAUGUCUCGCCCGAUGACCGGAUUGUGCAACUACGGUUGAAGAAAGAGAAGCUAUUCCAGUUCUCCAGUUACUCGCCAAUGCAGCCGGAUAACUGUACUGUCCAUUGCUGGGGCACAGUAUCCCUCGAGAGCAUUGCAACAACUACCAAAGCCUUCACACGGAAAGCAGCCAUGAUCCAGCGACAGCUGUCUCAUCUGAAAUUGCGCCGCGAGCACUUCGACACCUUCAACACCAGUAUACUCUACGAGACUAUCUUCAGUCGUGUUGUGCGUUACGCGGAGAGCUACCGAUCCAUCCGCCAACUCACUGUAGCAGAUACAGGCCUGGAGGGAUAUGGCACGUUUAAGCUACCUAUUGUUGACCAGAAAUGCAUUCUGUCUCCCAUGUUCAUCGACACGCUGCUCCACAGUGUCGGGUUCAUGGCCAACAAUUACGCCACCAGCUCCGAGAUCUACAUUUGUACCAAAGUCGAGUCUGCCCAGAUCUUAUUUCACGAUGUCGAUCAGAAGGACUCAUUUUCCAUCUACUGCAGUCUCUUGAACUGCGACGAGAAUAUGCUUAUCGCCGAUUCGUACGCUCUUUCUUCCAGUGGACGACUUGUUGCUGCUGUUGAGGGUAUCCAUUUUAAGAAGCUCAACCUGAGGGCAUUUCGCACCCACCUAUCUCGUUAUCGCACCGACCUUGGGCCGCAAUUCAUUGCAGACAGUAGCUCUACAGUCUCCUCUGCAUCUUCGGAGGACACCAUCUCCACUGGCGAAUCUCCGCUUUCCACGCCUCCCAAUGGUGACGAAGAAGCCAUGUCAAUUGCCCCGCUAGUCACAAAGGUUGUUUCCAAGAUCUGCGGUAUCAAUCUCGGUUCAUCAAGUUCUUCUGCAUUGUUAUCAGAACUCGGAAUCGACUCUCUCAUGGCAAUUGAAAUCGGUGCCGCUCUUCAGAAAUACCUCCCCAUGGUCCACCUAGAAAGCUCAAUUAUUAUGGGAGUCCGUACAAUCGGGGAGCUUACACGCGAAGUGGAGGACCUCGCUGGUAAAAAGCCACAACUACCAACAGAGAUCCGAUCUAAGCCGAGCCGUCGCACAAGCGGCCGAAGAGAUGAGGUUGAGAACGUCAAAAGCAACGAUAGUCCAGAUCGCAGUGCGAUCAAGGGUAUUUUAGCAGGGGUAUGCGGGGUUUCGAAGUCUGCGCUGCGCGCAGACCAGUCACUCAGUGCGUAUGGACUCGACUCUCUUCUCUCUAUCGAGUUCCGACAGGCGUUCAAGGAAAAGCUCAAGGUCGAGAUAUCUGCUGACCAGCUCCAUGAUAAUCUCACCAUCAGAGAGCUUGAGGAUCUUAUUUUGGGGUUGGAGAAACCCAGAAAUAGGGCCAGAGAUGGGCUACAGAAUAGCAUCAGACCCGUCCUUCUACAAAAAGGCGAUUCAGACUCGGUCCCCCUGAUCCUUGUCCACGACGGCAGUGGAUCAGUCGCUCCAUACUCCAAGCUGAAGAGAGUCCCAUUCCCACUUUACGGGAUUUCUAGUCCGAGUCAUACCCUUGAAGGUCCUACCCCUACUACUCUGAAGGAAACAGCUGAGCUUUACGCGGAUGCAGUCCGUUCCAAAUUCGACGGGCCUGUGAUUAUCGGAGGUUGGUCGUUUGGUGGUGUAUUGGCAUUUGAGAUCGCACAACAUCUGAUGUCGCAAGUCGCCGGUCUUAUUUUCAUCGAUUCUCCAUCUCCAAUAAACCAUCAGCCUCUGCCUGACGCCGUAAUCCGGCAUGUACUACAGGAUCUGGACGCAGGAAUCCAGGUCCUUCUUCGGAGGCAGUUCAUAUCUUACGCAGCAAUGCUAGGAGAAUACAGACCCUCUAAGCUACAGACACCAAUUCCUUCUGUGCUACUCCAAUGUGAGCAAACAUUGAACACGACGGAGCUCUGCAAAAUUGAGUAUCCCUGGUUGGAGAAUGAGGCAGCUCAGCAGGAUUCGAUAUCCCAGUGGAACACGCUACUUCACAGUAAGAUGCUUGUGUUGAAAAUUCCGGGUAAUCAUUUCGAGCCGUUCAAGCUACAUAACGUUACCAAGGUGACGGAGAGGUUGGUUGAGGCGUACAACCUUGUGAAUGGGUAG